GAUUAAAUGACCGGAAAGGACAAGACUUUACUAUCUGAGAAGAAGCGACGAGGCCGGUCAGUCUCCUGUAUUUGUGAAAAUAUGCCACUUUUUGUCAAUCGGGAUCAAAUAUUCGCACAUCAGGUCCAUUUACUGGAGCAUAAAUUAAGGAGUAAAGAGGAGCGAAUACUUGAACUGGAGACAGAAAAUGCGAUACUUCAUCUAAGACUUGCUGAGUCUCUGGGCAGACUGCGUCAGGACCAUGAAAAGGAGUCCAAAGCUCUGAACCAUCAAAGGAAUGCACAGAGGAUAACCCAGUCAGCCCUCUGCAAACUCCUGUCUCAGGUCCAGGCUGUGAAGCAGGACCUGAGUGAGAUCUUUGGAGUCUACGUGAGCUUCGCCACUGAGCUUGAAGAACAGAGUAAAGAGCUGCUGCUGAAGGUGGACCAAGCCAACGGCAGCCUGAAGGACCACAGCAGAGAUGAAGCUCAGAAUUUACAGGAUCGAGUUGCAGCUCUGGAGCGCUCUCUGGAGGAGGAGAGGGAGAGGUGCAGAGUGGAAAAGCAAAGGAGGAGAGAGCUUCAUAACGCACUGGUGGAGCUGAGAGGCAACAUCAGAGUGCACUGCAGGGUCCGUCCGGUUCUACACUUUGACCACAUCCAACCCUCUACGUCUGGAUCUGGGUCUGGGUCAUCAGAGGAAGUCAUCUGUGCCGUCAGCGAGGACACUCUGAUGGUGAACUGCUUGAGAACGGGGAUGCCUGUACAAAACAAGCUGUUUGAGUUUGAGAGGGUUCAUGGACCAGAUGAUUCCCAGGAUGUUGUGUUUGAAGAAGUCAGACCGCUGCUCACAUCUCUGAUGGAUGGCUAUAAUGUGUGCAUCAUGGCAUAUGGGCAGACCGGCAGUGGAAAGACUCACACCAUGAUGGGUUCUCAGCCUCUGGAACAACACUCUGGGACUCAGCAGGAGGCUCAGCAGGGGAUCAUUCCCAAGGCGGCGGCUGAGCUGUUUCGGCUGAUCUCUGAGAAACCUGCAGAGACCCACACGGUGGAGGUGUCGGUGAUAGAGGUGUACAACAACGAGGUGUUUGACCUGUUGGCCAAAGACGAGCAGGGGAACGCUGUGGGUCAGCGGCGGGACGUCAUCACCACCUCCUCUGGAAGCAGCCAGGUCAGCGGCGCCACAUACGAGCCUGUGUGUAGCGCUGCAGAGGUGAUGCAGAUCAUCAACAGGGUUCUAAAGCGCAGGGUGCACUGUCCCACCCUCAUCCACACCGACUCCUCUCGCUCUCACCUCAUCGUCACACUCACCAUUUCCUCCAAAAGCCCCAAUGCCCUGGCUCUGGCCCGCCGCCUGCAGAGUGCCAAGAAGGACAUGCAACACUCCACCCAGAAGGAGUGGUGGAGCCCACGCUGUCGCCGUGCCAACCCUGCAGCCCGUCACUCAUCUGAUGAGCUUUUCGCCAGCCCUGCGUCCUCCCCUUGUCCGUCCCCGUCCCAUUCGCCCUGUCUCUCCCCGAGACACAGCAUAACCCAGACUCCCUUCACGACCAAACUGCAGCUGGUGGACUUGGCUGGGAGUGAGUGUGUUGGUAUGUCUGGAGUUUCGGGCGCAGCUCUGUGGGAGGUUUCGUGUAUAAACCGUAGUCUCUCUGCUCUGUCUGACGUCCUGGGAGCUCUGGCCGAACACAGACCACACAUCCCAUAUAGGAACAGCAAACUCACACAUCUGCUCCAGGAUGCCAUAGGUGGCGAUGCCAAGCUGCUGGUGAUGCUGUGCGUUUCUCCCACGCAACACUUCAUCACAGAGUCUCUGCAGUCUCUUGGCUUCGGUACCCGAGCCCGCCAAGUCCAGAGAUUUGUACCCCGAAGAAAGAACAGCACCCUCAAAGUUAAAUGACAAAAGACGCAGAUUAGAGAUCACAGACGCUGCAGCAACAACCAGUCAUGCCAGCAGAGGACGUGUAAGUUGUGACCUGUGGAACAUUGGAAUACAGCAAAUAUUUAUUACUCA